UGACAUCUUUUCAACUGACAUUUGUAUCGUAGAAGAAAAAUCUGGUGUGUAGUCUUCACGCGAAAAAGAAAAUUCUGGCAUAUAGUUUCGAUAAUUUCGCAGUCAAAAUGAAUUCAGUCAAGAAUGUAUGCCGUGUCGGCCAGAUGUCGAUCCGUAAUUUACGCCAAAUGUCGACCGGUAAAAAAACCAUUGUCGAAAUUGAACAAGAACGAGAAAAGGAUCUCCCAAAAGAUCUUCAUCCAAUGUUCUACAAACUUAAAGCCGACCAAAAAUUGUAUCAAAAACCAGACGGUAUUCCAAUCCAUUUCAAACGGGGGGCUCGCGACAAAAUCUUAUAUUACAUUACCUUGUCGUUGGUUGGCGUUGGCUUGGUUGGGUGUGCAGAAUUCGUCUACAGCUUACCAUAGAUUUCCUUAUAGAAACAACAUUGAAGUAGUCAGUUUGUUAAAAUCAUAAUUCCUUCAGUGAAAAUAAAGAAUUACAAAAAAAAACUACAC